AUGACGACAAUUCGGCCGUUUGAUGUUUUCGACUUAUUUCGAUUUAAUAAUACGAAUUUGGAUCCACUCACAGAAACAUACGGUUUCACUUUUUAUUUGCAAUAUCUAAUUAACCAUGGUGAAUAUUUUCAAGUUUGCGAACAUCCAAAUGGUGAAAUUAUGGGUUAUGGUAAUUGGGCUUGUCAAAAAGUUACAGUACGGCAAUAUUGGGUAUACUACGAUAUGAUUGGUUACGAUAUUAUGGGGAAAGCGGAAGGAGAACAUGAAUAUUGGCAUGGACAUGUUACUGCAGUAACUGUCGCUCCAACAUAUCGACGAUUACAUUUGGCGGCACGAAUGAUGCACGCUCUUGAAGAAAUUUCAGAAAUGAAAAAAUGUUAUUUUGUUGAUCUCUUCGUACGUGUAAGUAAUUCUGUGGCAAUCAAUAUGUAUAAAAGCCUUGGAUAUGUGGUCUAUCGGCGCAUUAUUGAUUAUUAUUCCGGUGAAAAUGAUGAAGAUGCUUAUGAUAUGCGAAAGGCAUUAUCCAGAGAUCCAGAGAAAAAAUCGAUGAUUUCACUGAAACAACCUGUUACGUGUGAUGAGAUUGAUCUUAAAGAUUAG